GACACUCACCGUCUGUGAUGAUCAGAGUCUUGCCGCCUCUCUGGUUGGACAUGUCGGACUCGCAGACAGACACGUGGCUCGCUCCGCCCCUGACUUCCGUUCACGUAUCGAUCAUAACUAUCGAUCAGCCUCUGAAUCUCCUCUGCGGGACCAAACCAAACCCGGAAACACCAGCCGACGGCUCCCGGUGCACGUGAUCCACAUUCCCACUUAUCAUUGGCUGGAACCACUUCGUGACGUCAGAGAAAAAACUGCCCACAAGGAAGCGCGUGUCCCGCAAGGUCCCGGUCAAGAAAUCGAAGCACGCGUCGCGGUUCGUGGACGCGCAGAGACCCGGAUGCUGGUUCUGGCUCGGCUGAGUGCAGAGCUCGCUGAGAAGGCGCGCGCACGCUGAGAAGGCGCGCGCACACUGACAGCACCGGUGGGGUUCCGGUUUCACGAGCUGAAGGAUGUCUGAAAAGGGGCCUCCUGAGGGGGAGCGUCCUCAGUCCCAAACCCAGUCCACCCUGUCCCCGUCCCAGGCCAAGUCCCAGUCCCAGCCUGGUUCCAGUUCAUCCAGUGGGCCCAGCUCAGCCAGUCAGUCGUCGAGUGGCUCGGGGACUCUGAGCAGCGUGGACACCAUCCCCGUAACGCUCGCGUCCGUCCCAGAGGAGCCCGAGCCGCAACCCUGGGGCCGCCUACUGCCCAUGGUCCCGGGCUUCAGGAGCCACGGUACCUCACAACACGCCGGCGCGCUCGCUCUUCUCUACGAUCAGUCCAGCCUACCCAGAGACCUGCAAGAGAAAUACCUACUGACCCGACGCAUCGGCACAGGAGUGUGUGGCGAGGUCCGGCUGGCUUUCGAGCGAUCCACCUGCAGGAAGUUUGCAGUGAAAAUCAUAAACAAGAAGAACUUUCAGUCUGAAGGGACGGCGACACGAAACGCAAAGACGGAGAUUGACAUCCUGCAGAGGGUCGACCACCCUUGUCUCAUAAAGACGGAGGACUUCUAUCAGACGGAGGAAAGUUUCUACAUCGUGUUGGAGCUGUGCCUCCCGUCCUCCGUCAGCCUGGGAGGUUACCCUCCGUUCCACGAGAGCUUCGGUCAUCAGUCGGUCACCGAUCAGAUCAUCAGAGGCGAGUUCACCAUGGUUCAGGCCAAGUGGAAGAGCGUCUCUGAUCAAGGUACGAUGCUUCAGCUGAACUUUAUCGAUACUGUGAGUGAUGACGGGCUCGCUGUCGGCGCUCGCUUCAUGAUGGCGCUGAGAUUUUUCUAGAAGCGAGCAAACGAGAGCUGCUCACAGCGCAGCGUCACGUCAGGCUCACGGUGUGUUCAGGUGCGUUCAGGUGUGUUCAGGUGAGUCUCUGCG